CAAUUGGGUAAAUUUUGGUGGUGUAUUUUAUAGCGGGUAGAGUAUAACCGGAAAUUAUAAUCAUCUUUCUCGCUGGCUUGACAAUAGUGUUGGGUGAGGGUCAUAAAUUCAGACAGACUCUCCACAUUUGCAUACACUAUUUCCCCACUGCAUAGCUGAAAGACAAUAUGCCUGUGCACCGUUCACCCCCUGCUCGUUAGUUAACCAUCAGCUUCGGACCGAAGAGUUACUUUCUUCACUGGGGUUGGGCGGCACCUACACUUUCUCUACAGUUUUCACUGUCUUCCCUCUCGGUCCAGCCGGCUGCAGUUAUCUCUCCGGAGCAACGGGAGGUCCAGCCGAGCUGAACUCCGCUGAGCCAUGCGACAGUGGUGUGUCCCCGCUGCGACCCCACGCACUGAACCACUCCCGGGGCGCCUGUCUGUGUCACCCCCUUCAUUAGAUGCCAGAAUGGAGUGUUGUGAAGUGGAGCCACGCUACACAAUUGAACAGAUCGACCUCUUGCAGCGUCUGCGUCUAUCCGGCAUGACCAAACCUCAGAUCAUCCAUGCGUUGGAGUCCCUGGAGAGGCUCAACCCAGACCACCGCCCGUCGCACUGUGACUCUCACCCAGCCCCAUCCAACAACACGCCUACCACAGUUGCUCCAGCCCCAUCCUCAUCUUCGUCUUCCUCCUCCUCGCUCUCCCUGGCUUCUGCUACCACGCAGACCUCUGGCCUGGAUGGUGCUGCACUGUCCCCCAGCAAUAGCUAUGAGGCCUCGCCUCCACCCCUCUACCCUUCUAGUGUGGCAGUUCAACGGGCAUUCAGCUACGACAUGAUGGGAGAGGAGGAGUGGGACCUGGAGGAGAAGGUGGAGGAGUACAUGAGGAGAGACAGCAACCUGGUGAAAGAAGAGAUCAAAACCUUCCUCAACAAUCGCAGGAUUUCUCAGGCAAUCGUUGGCCAAGUUACAGGUAUCAGCCAGAGCUACAUCUCCCAGUGGUUGCUGCAGCAAGGCCUGGAGAUGAGUGACUCCAAACGCAGAGCUUUUUACCGUUGGUACCUGCUGGAGAAGAAUAACCCAGGGCUGAGGUGGAGUGAAAGCCAGCACAGCGUGAGUCCCAUGCCCAGGGCCAGGGGAGGGGAGAGAGACGGGACGGUAGCAGGGGCAAGUGGCAGCCUCCCCAACAUCCUCCCCAACCCCAACACCAACCUCAACCCCAACCCAGUGUGGAGCAGGCAGAGAGAGCUGCUGAUGCACUUGCUGCCAUGGUACACUGCUGCCGCUGCAGCCACCCAGGCCCAGCCAGGUGCUACUUUAUCGAUGCGGUCACUGGUGAAGGAGGAACCCGACUGGAGGACGGGGAUCAUGGCAGGCGACAGAGCAGGGAUAAUGGGUGGGCCUCUGAGGCUGCGCAGAGGAAGCAGGUUCACUUGGAGGAAGGAGUGUCAGUCGAUCAUGGAGAGUUACUUCAUGGAGAACCAGUAUCCAGAUGAAGCAAAACGAGAGGAGAUUGCCAACGCCUGCAACUCCGUCAUUCAGAAACCAGGGUGUAAACUGUCGGAGUUUGAGCGUGUGACUGCGCUGAAGGUUUAUAACUGGUUUGCCAACCGUCGUAAGGAGAUGAAGAGGAGAGCCAAUAUUGAAGCUGCCAUUUUGGAAAGCCAUGGAAUUGAGGUGCCAAGCCCAAACUGCCACUCAAACGGUGAGGAGGGAGAGAUGCAGGAGUUUGCCAAUCAGAUGAACCACCGAUUCUCAGAACAAGAAGACACAUGUUCCCAGAGGAUUGUUGACCAACAAGACCCCUCCUCAUUGGCUACCACGGAGGUGGCAGCCCUGCCAAGCCCCAUCCCUCAGGUCCUGGAACAGAAGGAGGAGGGUUCCAAAAGGGAGACUGUGGAUGAAGAGUAACCACAGCCGUUGGUGUUUGGAUCAUCAUAUUUGAGUUUUAAUCAGAUGCAAUAGAAAAACAUUAAGUAUCUCUUCCUGCACCUGUGUAGGUUCUUUGGGUGCUACCAUCAAAGGCAGAAGAGUACUGAAGCUCGCUGAGGUGCCUCUGAUGGUAAGGAGGUCACUGUAUUUAUCAACAGUAAUCCUGCUCAUAUUAAUGGCAAUAUACAGUAUAAAUAUGUCUAUGUAUAUCUAUCAGUAUAUAGUGCAUUCCAAGAUGGUAUUUAAAAGGCCUAACUUCUUUAGAGGGAGAAUUAUGUAAGGAUACCUCACCCAUUUUUAAACUAAGCCUUUUAUGUUUUCUUUGUUGCCUGCUUUUUUUAAAAGCUUUUUCAGAGUGGUGGUUUGAUGGACUGUGGUGUCAAGAAUGUGCUGAGCCUGCAGGUCAGGUUGUGUUUGGGUGCAGGGACAAAGUAUGGUAUCAAGGAUCUAGUUUAUGGUGACAUAGGUGUCCUCUGUUCGCUUGAAUGUUUUUGACCCCAUCUGGUUCAUGAGACUCUAACCUCAGUCGACUAAUUAAGUCAGUCGAUCAAUUAAUAAGUUCUUGUUGUUGUUACAUCUGUAAAGCCUGAGGGACAACUGGAAUCUCAGGUAAUCCCAAACAUGAUGGAGAAAAAGAGUGAAGACUUGCACCAGGUUUCAGUUGUCUAUUUUUUCAUCAGUACUGUGUUUAACCAAAUCAGUUAUUUAUACCUUUUUAUAUUAGCAAAAUAAGCCUAUGACAAUGUAUCAUAGUAUCUCUUUCUCAUCUGUCCACUGUGUUGAACUGAAUGCUGCUGUUUGGUCAUUUUUGUAGUCUAACGUCAUUUCAAAGUGUGUCUCAAACCUCAACUCAGCCAGUGAAGCCAGACUAGGUCCACAAGUCUGCUAACAUAAGUCUUUUUUUUUUUUUUUUUUACGUUAAAAUUAAUGUGAUUGAAAAUCAUAAAGUGUUGUCCUACAUGCCACAAGCACCUUCUCGCCUGUGGAAUAAGCUAAAGCUUAAGCUCAUGUAAGUUUGUAUGACUGCAAAGCUGCAGCUCAAAGUGGAUCUCAUUAGUGAAGGAGGGGAGCAUGACAGACUCCUUUUGUGUUUGAGACAUGUACAUAACCCAGAAAAUACACAUCUGUGGGUGCUUUCCCUCAAGUUGCAUUAGCAGUACUGUAUGUAGAAACUGUUAUUUGUUCAACUUGAAAUAUGAAUAGUUGACUCUAACUGCAUUAUGUAGUCCCUUAUAUUCCUUAUAUUGGCCCAAGGCCGUGGGAGUUACUCCCUAAAUGUUGACAAAAUGGACAAAAGCGCUUGUUGUCAAAUGGCUCCCAACAGGGUUCCACCAUGUUACCUCCUAAUGCCAAAGCUAUGCCAAGAUAGAGAUGAGCUACUGUAAUAGCAGUUUUUGAUUUGUUCACUUAUAUUGUUUGUUUAUACUCUAAACUAAGCUACAGUAAACUGUGCGUACAGGAACGGGAUAUGACGCAGUCACCACACUAUAGAUAGACAGUAUGUAAUAGAUGUUUCUUAGUUGAUGUUACAACACUAGCCAACCCUAGCUUACCUCAGAGCAACUGUGUGCAAUGAAACUGUCAUAAAACAUUGACAGCAGCCAUUAUUGUUUGAUUUGGACAGUGUUAUGUAGCAUUUAUGACUAUGGGGUUUGCCCUGUAUUCCUAAUGUAUACUCGCCUCAGACACUUCUCUUGUCUGGCUUUGGACAGGAACCCCAGAGCUGCACGCCGUUUCUGAUUCUUAUGCUCCUCUCUGUCUGCUUUUAUCUGACAAUGAGAAAACAAUAACAGUAAUAAAACUGUCAAGUAAGUGU